UAAGUCAUCCUUAAUAAUCAACAAAAAUAAAGCCAUAUUGCUUUUCGGAGACAUUUGGAAUCCACACAAUUGAUUGAUUGAUUUGCUUCCUUUUUAAAUCAAUUUUUUUUAUUUUAAGAAAUAUUAAAAACUAUGAAAUGAUGCUGCUUCACUUAUUCCAUUAAUCCAGUUCAAUCCAAUUCAAAGAAAUUUUGGUUUGAUUAGAUUGAAUGGGGGGUAAGAGUUCAAAAGAAGAUAGGCGUAGCUACAGGCAAUCGCCGUCGUUUCAAUCGGCAUCGUCGUUUAGUGGAAGUCAGUAUGGAAGUCAUCCACAACAAUCGUAUUCUUAUCCGCCACAAGAGAUACAGAAUUACCCUGUUAGAGAGGCGUAUCCUGCGUAUCAGCAGCAUUAUCCGGCUGCUGUGCCUGCACCUGGUCCGGUUCCGGGAUUUGGAAGUCAACCGAAUAAACCGCAGAAGAAGCUUGAUAGGAGGUAUUCGAGGAUUGCGGAUAAUUACAGCUCUUUGGAACAGGUAACCGAAGCUCUUGCUCGUGCAGGGCUCGAGUCUUCUAACCUCAUUGUUGGUAUCGACUUCACUAAGAGCAAUGAAUGGACUGGUUCACGGUCUUUCAAUAGAAAAAGCCUACAUCAUAUUGGAGAUGGUUUUAAUCCAUAUGAGCAAGCAAUAACAAUCAUUGGUAAAACAUUGGCUGCCUUUGAUGAGGAUAACCUGAUUCCCUGUUAUGGUUUUGGAGAUGCAUCAACACAUGAUCAAGAUGUUUUCAGCUUUUAUCCAGAAGAGAGAUUUUGUAAUGGUUUCGAGGAAGUAUUGAGUAGAUACCGGGAAAUUGUUCCUCAUCUAAAGCUUGCAGGACCAACAUCAUUUGCCCCUGUCAUUGAACAAGCUAUGACAAUAGUGGAACAAAGCGCAGGGCAGUAUCAUGUAUUAUUAAUUAUUGCAGAUGGACAGGUUACAAGAAGUGUUGAUACUGAGUCAGGUCGUUUGAGUCCACAAGAACAGAGAACAGUAGAUGCUAUAGUUCAAGCCAGCAAGCUUCCACUGUCUAUUGUAUUAGUUGGAGUUGGAGAUGGGCCUUGGGAUAUGAUGAGAGAAUUUGAUGAUAACAUCCCUGCUCGUGACUUUGAUAAUUUCCAGUUUGUUAAUUUCACAGAAAUCAUGGCCAAGAAUGUACCGCCAAUCCGAAAAGAGACGGAAUUUGCUCUUUCAGCUUUGAUGGAGAUUCCUACCCAAUAUAAAGCAACGAUUGAACUGAAUAUACUAGGUAGCCACAAAGGAGUUUCUCCGAACAGGGUUGCCCUUCCUCCUCCUGUUUAUGGUGCAUCCUCUUUUAGCAACUCAAAACCAACACAUUCAAGUAGCUUUCAGAAGGGGUCACAAUUUAAUUAUGGCCAAAGUAGUCCUGCUCGUGCUGCUCCUUAUUCUGAUCAAACAAUGUCUCAGAGCACCUCUUCAUCUAUUCCAAAUUCUACAUACGACAAUCAGGUAUGCCCUAUCUGCCUUACAAACCCAAAGGACAUGGCCUUCGGCUGUGGCCAUCAGACAUGUUGCGAGUGUGGACAAACUCUUCAGUCGUGUCCUAUUUGUCGAAAAUCAAUUGAAACUAGAAUAAAGCUCUACUAAGUUCUUUUUUUUUUUUUUUUUUUUUGUGUUUAUUUGACAUUUGUUUAGUCCUAGUUUAAAUUCUUUGCUGACAAAGUCAAGUUAUUUCAUAUCAUGAUGUUUUUUGAGGUGCUUUGUGGAUUUGUAAAUGAAUGUUGAUACUAAUGUACAGUUCUCUGUUUUUUAAUUGAUGGUAUUUGAACUUUCUUA